UACUCAUCGCUCACCUCGCAAAAACAUAAGUACAGCGCCACUGGCGACACACACACAGAUGCGAACUAGCUAGCUCCACUCACAAGCUAGAGUGUACCGUCUAUCCUCUUUUCUCCUAGCUUGAUUCUCGCGCAGGAGCUAACGCAAGGUAGUCGGGGGUGAGGAGAGAGGAGCUAAGCUAGCGCGUGUGCAGGCUAUGCAUGGCAUGUGUUAAUAACAUGUACAACCCGGAGCACCACCAGCACCAGUCGUUCAUGGCGCCGCGGAUGUCCUUCUCCAGCGACUUCGCGGUCGAGCCGCCGCCGCCGGCUGCCACGCGCGGCGGCGCGCCGGGGGACGCGGACUUCGAGUUCUCGGUCGGCAGCCACCCGAUGAUGGACGCCGACCAGCUCUUCUCCAAGGGCCGCCUCCUGCCGCUCCGGGAGGCCCCGCACGGCCACGGCGCCGGUAGCGGCAGGCCCGUGACGCUGCGGGAGGAGCUGCGCGCCGACGACUGCCACGGGCGCGCGCCCCGCGCGCCCAACAUCCGGUGGAAGGAGCUGCUUGGCCUCAAGAAAGCGCCCAAGAAGCCCGCCGCCGCCGAAGCUGACGCUGGCACGUCGGCCGACGCCCAUAUGGAUCUUGGAGGCCAGGGCGGCACGAGAGACUGAUCGAAACAACAAAUGUAGCGAUGGAUGUAAGGAGUGACUGGUGAAGUAUUGCACGGUUAAUUGGGCGGUUACAUAUGUGCCUUUCAGCUAGAUGUUCAUCAUCUGCUUGUUGAUGAUUUGGCAUCUAGCUUGCUUGCUCGAUCACUGCUUAAUCGGAGGAGCUAUGAAGACAUCUGGGGGGCACGCGUAUGCAUUUGAUUUCCUUUUACCUCUCUGCUGGUUUUUUUGGGUGUAAAAGGGAAUUUUGAUCCUUAAUUUUGGGUUUGGUCGUCGAUCGGGUAGAUGGAUGGAUGAAUGCUUGGUCGUAUGCAGUCAAAUUAACUCCGCUUGCUGUGCCUCUCUGAGGUCAGUUAAAUGUAGUAUUUUUCUUCCCACAUGAUGUGGUCCAGUACGUGUUGUUUAGCUGUUCCCAUGCUUGUCUGCUUUUGGCACAGACGCACCUCCCUCCCCGCUUUUACCAUGUACAAAAUGUUUGUAGCUUAGCUAGCACUAGUAGCUCAAUUUGAG